GGUAUAUAAAGCUGGAGUCUUCAUGGACUCGUACAACCAUUUAUCAUGAAGCUCCUGAUCAUAUUGCCAGUACUGGUUGUUGCAGCGUCUGCAGCGCUCCAGACGUACUCUGCCCCUGAAGCAGGGCAAGAUGGACAUUCUGGUGGUGUUCCACUUCCUUCAAUAAUCGGGCACUCAACUGCUGCUGGCCACUCUGCUGGAGCUGGCCAUUCUGCUGCAGCUGGCCACUCUGCAAGUGCUGGACAUGCAUCUGGUGCUGGACACACUGCUGGUGUUGGCUUCGCGGCAGCAUGUAAAGAAGGUGACGUCCUGCACGUAGAUGGUACUUGUGUUACCCCGGAAAUUAAUCGAAAGUUAUACGUUUUCGACGUACCUGAACAACCUAGGGAACCUAGUGGUCCAACACCUGUCAUUCCUCCACCUCGUGUUGACCACAAUAUCCUCUUUGUGCGUCUACCUGAAGACGCACCAGGACCUGAACCUCUCGUUCUUCCUCCACCAAGGACAGAAAACAUCGUGUACGUCCUCAACAAGAAGAAUGAAGUGGGUCAGCGUGUGAUCGAAGUACCAGCUCAUCCUCAGUCCAACCCAGAAGUCUACUUCGUCAACUAUGAAGACGGAGAAAAUCCAGCUCUUCCCAUUGGUGUCGAUCUUGAGACUGCUCUCAGUGCAGCCGCAGCAACGAGUGGUCAGGUUCUUGGUGGAGCCGGAGGAUUUGGUGGAGCUGCAGGCGCUGCCGGAGGCCUUGGUGGAUUUGGUGGCGCUGCAGGUGCUGCCGGAGGCCAUGGUGGAUUUGAUGGAGUUGCAAAUGCUGCCGGAGGCCUUGGUGGAUUUGGUGGAGCCGGAGUUGCUGCUGGAAGCCCUGGUGGAUUUGGUGGAGCUUCAGGUGCUACAGGAAGCCAUGGUGGACUUGGUGGUGGCACAGGAGCUGCCGGUGGAUUUGGUGGGUCUGUUGGAGCUGCAGGAGGCCUUGGUGGUAGCCACGGUGGACUUGGUGGUGUUGUAGAAGCUGCCGGAGGAAGUCUAGUCAGUGGUGGUUUCGAUGAUGAUGAUAGUCAUGAAAUUAUCAGUGGUGUACUCGCUGCAUCUCCGAUUAUCGCGUCUACUCCUUCUGGCGUGUAUGGUACACCCUGAUACAAAUCAGCAUAAGUAAUUUAC